AUGGGCGAGGUCGACCCGAACAAGUGCCCGCACUGCAACUACACGAGCACCCGCGCGCCAGACCGGCGCCGACACGCGGAGACCCACACGGGCGAUUCGACGCCGCCGCGGUGGUUCUGUAACGGGCUGCGACCCGCGGAGGCGCGGAAGCGUGGGAUCAACAUUGAGGGGAUGCCGGUGUAUAUUAUCCAGGGGCAGAAGAGGGUGGGAGGGUGCUUGAUGGCGUUCAGCCGGCGCGACGCGAUGCUGCGCCACCGGCGCACGUCGGGCGGGCAGUGCUUCGGGAAAUGA